AUGCCUUCCAAACGAUUCCUGGGCCUCAAUGGCACCAGACUUCAGGUUGCUAUCGGCGUUUUAGCCGGUAUGGAUUUCCUGCUUUUCGGUUACGAUCAGGGCGUCACGGGUGGUUUGCUCACUCUCAAAUCCUUUGUGAAGUAUUUCCCGACUAUCGAUACCACCACGGAUGAUUCAAGUGCGCAAUCCACGCGUCAGGGUAUCACCGUCGCUGCGUAUAACUUGGGAUGUUUUGCGGGUUCUAUCCCGACGAUCUGGCUUGGUAACAUGCUCGGUCGCCGCAAAGCCAUUUUCCUCGGUUCUUUCAUCAUGGUGAUUGGGGCUAUCCUGCAGUGUACCUCGUACGAGCUUGCUCAACUCGUCGUUGGCCGUCUGGUUACUGGAUUCGGAAAUGGUAUCAACACUUCGACUGUUCCAACAUGGCAAUCCGAGUGCUGCAAGUCUCACCGUCGUGGUCAGCUGGUCAUGAUCGAGGGCGCGAUGAUUACCUGCGGUAUCACGAUUAGUUACUGGAUUGACUUUGGUCUGUUGUUCGCCGAUCCGAACGAAGUCGCUUGGCGAUUCCCGCUUGCAUUCCAGAUUUUCUUCGCCGCGAUCAUCUUGGGCUUCGUUAUGUUCCUUCCCGAGUCACCCCGUUGGCUCAUUCUCAAGGGUCGUGAGGAGGAGGCUCGUGAAGUUUUGACCUGUCUGAUGGGUGACGAGACUGAUGAGGUCUUUAUCGACACCGAGUUCACUGCUAUUAAGGCAACCGUUCUGGAGAUGUCCAAGGGAUCAUUCCGCGACAUGUUCACUAUGGGCGAGGACCGUCACUUCCACCGUGUUGUGCUGGCCUAUGUCAACCAGAUGUUCCAGCAGAUCUCUGGUAUUAACCUGAUCACCUACUAUAUCCCUACUCUGCUCGAGAACAAUAUUGGCAUGAGUGCCACUAUGUCUCGUCUGAUUGCUGCGCUAAACGGUACCGAGUAUUUCCUUGCUUCUUGGGUGGCUGUGUUCACGGUGGAGAGAUUUGGGCGUCGCUCUCUGAUGCUCUUUGGCGCCGUCGGCAUGUCACUUUCCAUGCAUACCCCGAAGGGAACCAGUGCUGGUAUUGCCCAGACUGUGUUCCUUUUCGUCUUCAACACGUUCUUUGCCAUCGGCUGGCUUGGCAUGACAUGGCUGUACCCGGCUGAGAUCGUACCUUUGAAAAUUCGUGCUCCAGCCAACGCCCUCUCCACGUCCGGCAACUGGAUCUGGAACUUCAUGGUCGUCAUGAUCACCCCGGUCGCUUUUGCCAACAUUGGCUAUCAGACAUAUGUCAUUUUUGCUGUCAUUAACGCCGCCAUCGUCCCUACGGUCUACUUCUUCUUCCCUGAGACUACCUGUCGCUCCUUGGAAGAGAUGGACCGUAUCUUCCACAAGACCACCAAUGUUUUCAACGUCGUCAGUCUCGCUAGAAAUGAGCCCCACAUGUACGGUCGUAACGGCGAGCUUCUUCGAACUCUUGAUGACAUCGAAGACGAGGCCGUUCGCCGUGCUAGUGCCCUUAGCAACCCUGCUAAGGCUGCCGAGCGUGUGCAUCGCGAGCACGUCGAGCAUAACGAGAAGGCCAGUGAUAGCAACUCUAGUGAGGAGAAAUAG